UCCGUCGCCCUUUCACCCGCCUCCACGCACUAUUCUCACCCUCACGUUUGAAAACCCUUCCCCGGCCCCUUUUCCGCAGCGCCGGUUUCUGUCACCGGCGUUUCCCGGUUUCUGCCGGCGAAAGCCUGCGUCGGAUCGAUAAGGUCACAUCCCCAUGGUCACCUCUGCCGAAACAUCUCCCCGUCCUCCGGAUCCUGCACCGGUUCCGGCACCGGCAGCGAGGGAAGCCACGCCGCCUCGUCCUCAGGCGCCGGCUAGCCUGUUACCGACGCCCUCUCUCCCGAUCUUAAAGUCAUGGGGGAGCCGGCGGGUGCUCCCCUGUGUGAGUGUGAACGGAAAAGGUGAGAUCGCCGGCGGCGGCCGACGGAAGACGGCCGAGCACGACGAGGAGAAAACGGGGCGACGGAGGACUGUUGUGGAGGACGAUGGAGGCGACGACGACCCCCGGAUCGAGGAGGUCAGAGAGAAGCUGCUGCUUCACCUCCGAGAGGCGGCGGACCGCAUGAACCUGGUUUCGUUUCUCCCCGUCGACGGGAUAGGCGGAAGAGAGCCCGUCCCAGUGCCGGAGCCAGCGGCGAUCGCGGAGCAUCCUGCAGCCGACGCGUCGGAGGAGCCAGCGGCGCCGCGCUGGAACCUGAGGACGCGACGCCGGGCGCCGAGGUCUCCGACGGGGAACCACCAGUACCUAACCGGGUCCCUGCCGGUAACAAGAGAGAACAAGGCGGUCCGGCUGAGGUCGGAGGACCAGGAGCAGCCGAAGCGGCUCAAGUUCUCGGUCUCGCUCACGAAAGAGGAGAUCGAUGAGGACCUCUACUCCAUGACCGGGUCCAGGGCUCGCCGCCGACCACGGCGGCGACCGAGGGCGAUCCAAAAGCAGCUCGAUUCCUUAUUCCCGGGCUCGUGGCUGUCGGAGAUCACCGCCGAUUCCUACAAGGUACCCGAUGAGAAGUAGGUAAGUUCACCUUCCGGUGGCGUGAUGCAUUUCGUCUGCAAAAUCCCCCUUUUCCAGGUUCGGUUUUAUUCUCUGCAAAAAUCCGCGGCCCGCCGUCGAUCUCUUCUUCGGAUUCAAUCGCCGCAACAAAAAAAGUUAGGUUUACAAGAAAUUCCAUUAUUUCCCUUGAAUAUGAACUAGUUAAUUUCCCUCAAAUAGCUCUACUCUUUUAUUUUUGUUUGUCCUGUGUUCUUGCAACGAUCUAAUGCCAC